ACUUUCAAAUUGCGAAAACACCGCAGACUGCAGUGACCUUCAACGGAAAAUGCCCGAAUUAUCCCAUCUCCGUUCAUCCUCUUCUUUGUAAACAGUCUCUUCUAAUAAUCGAUGUUUUCUGCGCAAUAACUCCUCAACAGCUGUAAUAUUUAGUGAUUUUCGAAGUGUUUAUGAAGCAACAUCAAAUUUUGAAAAAAUAAAUUCUCCCAGGAAAAAUGAGAAAUUGACUGAUUGUGGCAAUAUCAUAAAAAGGAAGACAGGAUAUAACUCUGAUAAAGAAGACAGUCUUCUGAAAAGAAAAAGACGGAAAGUAAAAUCUAGAUUAUUUAACAAUUCUUACCAAACGGGUGCAUAAGUUAUUAAAACAAGUUGGUAAUAAAGCAUUUUAAUUUUUUAAACCCUAAAAUUUUCCUUUAUAAAAAUGGUAUUUGCUGUAGGCUUAGCUGUUGUUACAGCAAUUAAUCCUGCUUCAUCCGUGGUAACGGCACCAUUACUAACUAAAAUAGGUUCAGGAGCAGUCGGAGCUGCAGCUGGAACUGCUGUUGGAGUUGCAACUGGUACAGCUGCAGGCGCAGCUACUGCUGGAACAGCAACUGCUGGAGCUAUCGCUAUUAAAGCCACUGCAGGUGUAACUGGUGCUGCUUUAACAGGCGUUAAUAUAGCUAUCGGUCCUCCUGGCUGGAUUGUGUUAGGGAAAUCUGAUUAUUCCUGGACAUGUUGGAAAAAAAUAAUCCAUGAUGAUAGUGAUAGCGAUGAUGGAGUUCCGUUAGCCUACAUAUUUGAUCACCAUAAUGUAAAGUCAGUGUCCAAUCAUGAUGACCAUUAUAGCGUUGAAAAUGUUUGGGGAGAAAAAUUUAAGAUUUAUUUUGUAAAACUUCCAAAUGGGAACAUUGCUGCUCACGCCGAAUAAAUUUUUUUGGUUUUAUAUGGGCUUUUACAGUUAUAAUUGAUAAUUUUUCUUGAUUAGUUGUAGCUAUUAAUUAGAGAAUGUCUGUUCUCUAAAUUGUUAUGUAUGGUAUGUUCAAAUGUUAAUUUGAAGCAGAGUGAUCCCAAAUUAAGUGCCAAGCCCCCAAAACAUGGGUUUAGGCUUCCCUAAAAAUGACCCGUAAAGUUUAUUCGGCAAAGAAAAACUACCAUGCAGAACCCAUGUAGAAACAACCCAUGUAGAGUAUUUCGAAAUGUUGACUUUAUUAAAUGUAUUUUCGUGCAUAAAAAUGUGGUUUUAUAUGUAAUUUUGCUCUAUUUAAUCCCCUUCCAUAUGCUUUUCAAAUUAAUUUUUGAAUAAAGUCAUAAUUAAUUUUUUUAUGACGUUGCAUAAUAUAAAUUCCUUUUAGUUUAAUAAGAUGAUUUCAUCACUGUUAGAGAUAUGCAAUAUAAUAAUAUAUGAUAAUGAUAUAUAGAGCGAAAAAACUGAAACACCCUGAAUAACUUUUUAUCUAAUGAUCGGAUCUUCACGUUUUAGAACCUUAGUCUUAAAGGCUCCAGGGAGUGAAUUCAAAUAUGUUAAUUAAUUAGUGUAAACUAUAUUUUAUUACAAAAUUAGACCCAAAAAUAUUCUUUUGUGUCUGUCUUGUGAACUGCUUUUCUCUGAAUUUAUGUACCUUUUUUCUACAGAUUUGAAUUUGUGACUCCCAAAAUAUUGUAUAGUUCAUAUAGUUUGGUCAGGAGAGUCCAGUAGGUCAUUUUAAAGUAAGGAUGCACAACUUGUAGUCCGCGGGCCACACGCAGCCCUGCAACUUUCGAUGUGUUGCUCACGGUAGCAACCUGAAUGCAAUGAAAAAAAUAUUUGUUUUUGAAAAAUUAAAAAAAAGUUCAUAAAUUUGAAAUUGUGCAUUUAAGUUUUUAAUGUACCCAAUCUCAACCAAUGCAGUUUUUCGAUCGCUUUUUUUCGAUGGUAAACGCUACGGAUUUACGCUAGUUUUGAAAAUCUCAAUAUUUUUUUCAAUUACGACAUUAUUAUGAUACAAGAAUAUUGAAUUUUAGUUAUCACGCUUGACUCUCUUCGUGUGUGACGAUUUUGUCAUAAAUCCAAUGACUUUUCAGUAGUUAUUAUUAGUAGUAGUUAUUUUCAGUAGUUCAGUACCCAUUUUUACGUAGUUUCUAAAAUCGCGAUUUUUUAAAAUUUGUUUUAACGUCUAGAAAGUUUUGAAACACUUUAUUUUCGCAAACUUCGUCGCAAACCUAAAUGUCUUUUGAUCCUUUUUCCGGUAGUUAUUGCUACGCAUUUUUGUGUGAUUUUUAAAAAUUUCGAUAUUUUUAGCUCGAUAUUAUUAUGAAUCGCGAGUAACAAAACGCUAAUUUAGAUAGUCAUUUUUGACGUGAUUUAUUUGUACCGAUUUUAUCGCACACCGAAUUAUUUAUGAAUCGUUAGUUAGGCAAUUAUUGCUACACAUUUCUACAAGGUUUCGAAAGUCCCGAUAUUUUUUUAUACGCUAUUACGAUACUUUAAUUUCAAAUAACGCAUUUAAAUACAUAAUUUUUUAAAGUGCUUUAUUUAUGCCGAUUUCAUCGCAAAUAUAAAGUGAUUUUAAUAAUUUCUUCGGUAGUUAUUACUGCACUUCUCCUCGCGAUUUAUAAAAUCUUGAUAUUUUUAUUACUACUGUUUCACGGCACGCAAGUUUUGAAUCGCGCAUUAAAAUAAUCACUUUUUACGUGCUCUGUGCCGAUUUUAACAUAGUAUAGGAUUUUCUUUUUGGUCGUUAAUUCUACUUGCAAUUUAAAAGUCACACAUCGUAAUUCGCAUUCACGUGAUCCAAAAUGAAAAAGUAAUCAGUUGUGCAAUUUCUAAUUUUAAACAUUUAGAAGUACUUAAUUUUAUGCCAACAUGUUACAAGAUUAACUGAUAGAAAGAAUUUAGUGCCUAGAACAAUGAUGUUUAUAUGACAAUUACUACCUAGAAUUUCAGUCAACAUGUUUGUCGAAAUACUUUGGCAUGCUGCCUGUCGUUGGUCACUCUGCUGGUCAUGCGGCCCUUCACUCAACAUUGUUGUGAACCCAAAUUUUAGGUAUUCUCAAAUACGUGACUUCUAUACUGAGACCUUAUGCAUUAUAUUUUGUAUGUUAUGAUUCUGUAAACUGUGACUUUAUAUGUUGCCAUUUGUUUUGCUAUAUUGUGAUUUUAUAUAAUGGUAUGUGUCUUGCUAUACUGUGAAUUUAUAAAUUGUACUUUGUAUGCAACAUAUUUAUAACAGUGCUAUUGGUGAAACUUUAUCAAUUUUGGCUUCUUUGUUAAGAUAGAGUGUUAUGAAAUUCAAAACAUAUUCAAAUAUUUAAAAAAAUAUUCGAAUCUGUUAUAUUCGAAAUACGUAACUUUGAUAAUAAUACUACUUCGCUUUCAUAAGGAUAUUACUUUACUUUUUCAUAUUGAUAUUGUUAUUGAUGUUGUGAUUUGAUACAAUAAAUUUAGAAAUAUUCUGA